AUCAUAACGCGACCAACUACGACAACGGCCCCUCAUGCGAAGUGAACUUAUUUUAUUUCUACAAUAAGGCUUGAAAUUGAUCCUCAUGGCAACAGAAAGUGUGGAAAAGACCAGUGAAGACGUUCCAGUAGCCGGGAAGGUCAGCACAAGAUAUGACCUGGAGAAGGAGACUGAACUUCGAUUUGAGGUUGAGGCAGGGGAGGCAGCGGAGCAAUUGGAGCUGGAACUCCUGACAGGAAUGGCUGAGGUGUUUGGCUCAGAGCUGAACCGCAACAAGAAGUAUACAUUUGGACCUGGUUCGAAGAUUGCAGUUUUUACCUGGCAAGGUUGCAGUGUGAAUCUUUAUGGGAAGCCAGAGGUGGCUUAUGUGUCCAAGGAUACGCCCAUGCUGCUCUACCUGAACACACACGCUGCCCUGGAACAGAUGAGAAAACAAGCAGAGCGGGACAAUGAAAGGGGGCCAAGGGUGAUGGUGGUGGGACCUACAGACGUGGGGAAGUCGACAGUCUGCCGGCUGCUUCUUAGCUAUGCUGUCAGGGUUGGCAGGAGGCCAACGCUGGUGGAGCUGGAUGUGGGACAGAGUGGGGUGUCUGUACCUGGGACAGUGUCAGCGCUGUGCAUCGAGCGUCCUGCAGAUGUGGAGGAGGGUUUCUCAGUCCAGGCUCCACUGGUCUACCACUUUGGCUCCACAACUCCGGGGACCAACAUCAAACUUUACAACAAGCUGACGUCCUGCCUGGCCGAGGUGUUUUCCCAGCGCUGUGAAGUGAACAGGAAGGCCAGUGUGGGAGGCUGUAUCAUCAACACCUGUGGCUGGGUGAAGGGUUCUGGAUACCAGGCUCUGGUUCAUUGCGCUUCAACCUUUCAGGUGGAUGUGGUGCUAGUGUUGGACCAUGAGAGGCUCUACAAUGAACUCAAGCGAGACCUCCCUCACUUUGUGCGGGUUGUGCUCCUGCCAAAGUCCGGGGGAGUGGUGGAACGCUCCAAGGAGUGCCGGCGGGAUGCUCGGGAUGAGAAAAUCCGUGAGUAUUUCUACGGCUUCCGUGGAGUGUCUUUCUACCCUUUUUCAUUUGAAGUGCGUUUCUCAGACGUCCGCAUCUACAAGAUCGGGGCACCGUCCAUCCCAGACUCGUGCUUGCCACUGGGAAUGUCUCAGGACGACACGCAGCUGAAACUGGUGCCAGUGACACCAGGCAGAGACCUCACGUAUCAUGUGCUGAGCGUGAGCAGUGCCGAGGACGGAGAGGAAGGUGCGAGGAAGGGUAUAGUGGAGAGUCCAGUGUGUGGCUUUAUUGUGGUAACUUACGUAGACACUCAGGCACAGGUGAUGAAAAUUCUGUCUCCAGCACCCAGACCACUGCCCAGACAUACUCUGCUUAUCAUGGACAUCCGUUUCAUGGAUAUGAAAUAAGGCACCACCUUGGGGAUGAGGACUCUGGAUUAAGUUGUGGAUCAUUUUCGGGAUGGUUCUGUUGGAUUUUAGUUUCCGGGUUAUCUUCUUUGUUCUUUGUACAUACUACAGAAAGAAUUUUUGAACAUUGAAAUUGGUCGCGGUUGUAUUUUUUAGCCCAUUUAAAAGAUCUGAUGUCUUUAGAAGGGGAUGUUUUUAUCAAUAUAGGAAUAUUUUUCUUGAUGAUCUGUUUCAUAAACAUUGUUUCACUCUUGAGAAAUAAAUUUUUCAUGUAAAAAGUUA